AUGCACUCACGAAAUCUCCUCUUCUUAUGGGCAUCACUUUCCUUUGUGCGCAAAGUCUUAUCACAGAAUGCGUACUCAGUCACACUUCCAUCGGAGGUUUCCUCGUUCCUCCCGGCAUGUGCACAGCCCUGCCUGAAGUCUUCGGUUGAGCAACAAUUCCCAGAGAGCAAAUGUUCUUCGACUCCGACACUCAACUGCCUCUGUUCUGCUACAAGCAAUUCUGGAGAUACUUUAGGGGUCCUAUCCGGGGCUUGCAUCAACUUUGGAAUCCGCGAUGGCCUUUGUACCGGAGUUGACGCUGUGCCGACAGCGAGACAGAACGCGUUCAAGCUAUGUUCGGCAGUGCAGAGUGGCAGUUCAGCUACAGUGCCAUCGACAGCAAGGACAGUUACCUCUAGCACACCAUUCAAUCUACAAACAGCAUCUACAAUACCAUCGCCAAUUUCUUCAGGUUCUCAGUCAACAUUGCUACCAUUCUCGACCUCACAAAGCUCAACAUUAGUACUUUCUGGUACAACUUCAAUCACUCCACAAUUGCUUUCACCCACAUCAUCAACAUCUACAGCUCCCAGCCCUAUCAGUACAUCCACAACUAAAAUCACUACCGCCGAGCAAGUCGGAAUCGGAAUCGGCGUCACCCUUGGUGGCUUGAUUGUGGCACUUCUUGGAGCCAUCAUAUUCUUGAUCAUGCGGCGACGAAAGAAUAUGGAUGGGCGGAAGUAUCGCCAGCCGGAAACACUACAACAGAGAUACAAGAGAGAGAGGCUGGAGGUAGCCGAGAAGGUGUUGGAACUGGACAGUACGAGUGUCGUUGCCGAGUUGGGACCUGAUCUGCCGCACGAGAUCGAGGGCAGGAAUGUAGAGGGGAAGUCGAAGAGAAAGUCUAAGACAUGGAGUGUGUGGGUGCUUGGAUUUCAGGAUAGGAGUGCACAGGCUAUUGAGCUAGACACGACCUCUUUCGCCGACAGAAGGAGGUAA